GAGGGGAGGGAGCGACACAAGAGCGUGCAGACACCGAGCAGCCAGAGAGCGGCGAUGCAGCGAUCGACAUGUCCGCAGAAUCCGCGGCAGAGCGAGCUCCUGAUGAGGCAUGUAAAGAUCACCCUAAAAUCCAGUCCAAGAUGUGAUUGAGGAUUUUUCUACACCAUGCUUUUCCCACGGACCCUUUACCAGCUCUCGCUCUUUUUCUGGUGGCUUCUCUCUUUGCACGUCCCAGUCCUAACCGGGGAACAUUCCCAAGAGAAACCGGCUGACGGAACUCUCAAAUGGGGUUCGGUUCCUGAGGAAAACAUGCUUCCACGCUCUUCCGGUUGGGGAGAUGAUCAGCAGGGAGUCUGGGGGGACUACAGGCCGACAGAAAGUAGCGGAGAACUCACUCAACCCAUAGCUCCUUCUCCUGGAAGACUUGGUCUGACUGCGAAUGAAUCCGUGCUGGAUCCCACAAAGCCUGGAGGACAACGGAGCUGGGACCAACCGCCUGACAGAGCGGUUCAUUCCGGUCCACCUUCGCCAAAUGGUCCAACUGAGGAUAAGAGCUGGGACCAACCACCUGACAGGCAGGUUCAUUCCGGUCCAACUGAGGAUAAGAGUUGGGACCAACCACCUGACAGGCAGGCUCAUUUCAGUCCACCUUUGCCAAAUGAUCACACUGAGGAUAAGAGCUGGGACCAACCACCUGACAGGAAGGUUCAUUCCGGUCCGCCUUCGCCAAAUGGUCCAACUGAGGAUAAGAGCUGGGACCAACCCCCUGACAGGCAGGUUCAUUCCGGUCCACCUUCGCCAAAUGGUCCAACUGAGGAUAAAAGCUGGGACCAAACAACCGACAGGCAGGCUCAUUUCGGUCCACCUUCGCCAAGUGGUCCAACUGAGGAUAAGAGCUGGGACCAACCCCCUGACAGGAAGGUUCAUUCCGGUCCACCUUCGCCAAAUGGUCCAACUGAGGAUAAGAGCUGGGACCAACCACCUGACGGGCAGGUUCAUUCCGGUCCACCUUCGCCAAAUGGUCCAACUGAGGAUAAGAGCUGGGACCAACCAUCUGACAGGCAGGUUCAUUCCGGUCCACCUUCGCCAAGUGGUCCAACUGAGGAUAAGAGCUGGGACCAACCCCCUGACAGGAAGGUUCAUUCCGGUCCAACUGAGGAUAAGAGUUGGGACCAACCACCUGACAGGCAGGCUCAUUUCAGUCCACCUUUGCCAAAUGAUCACACUGAGGAUAAGAGCUGGGACCAACCACCUGACAGGAAGGUUCAUUCCGGUCCGCCUUCGCCAAAUGGUCCAACUGAGGAUAAGAGCUGGGACCAACCCCCUGACAGGCAGGUUCAUUCCGGUCCACCUUCGCCAAAUGGUCCAACUGAGGAUAAAAGCUGGGACCAAACAACCGACAGGCAGGCUCAUUUCGGUCCACCUUCGCCAAGUGGUCCAACUGAGGAUAAGAGCUGGGACCAACCCCCUGACAGGAAGGUUCAUUCCGGUCCACCUUCGCCAAAUGGUCCAACUGAGGAUAAGAGCUGGGACCAACCAUCUGACAGGCAGGUUCAUUCCGGUCCACCUUCGCCAAAUGGUCCAACUGAGGAUUUUACAGCCAACACUAGAUCUGACAAGAGCACCGGAACCACCAGGAGACCAACAGUCACAACAAAGGACGGUGUAGAGGAUUUAGUGCCGAUCAGGGGAUCUAACGUGGAGACAGAAAGGGAUGCCUCAACAGAUGCUGAUGACGACAAGAAAGUCCCAAAGGCUAAUGACCCUCUCCAGACAGAAGACAACAGCAACAACACAUCAGUCAAACCCUGGGGAACAGCCUCCCCGACAUGGACCCCCAUCUACCUUGACGGUUUCACGCCCAGUGACUCGAUGGGUCCCGCUCUGGCUCACAGCGCUGGCCUUUUUGUACCUCUGUACUCAGACUGGAACUCUGCCUUGGCCACAUGGGGAUUUGCUUGGGAAGCCCACAUCUAUGGUCUUGGAUCGGUCUUUACGGUAUUCGGCCUGAUCUCUGUGGUCUGCUUGUUGGGACUGCCUUGCCGGUGUCCUUCUGGAAUCCCUUACUUCACCCUCCUGCACUUGUUCCUCCUAGGAUUUGCAGGAAUUCAGGCUUUCUGUUUGAUUUAUGAUGCCUACGGUCACCAAGAUUAUCUUCCACCUCUAAGCUCUCUUCUGCUCUCUCAACUUCCAUUCCCUUGUUUGACAUCCGCGUUCUCUUUAGCCUUCUUUAUUCUUUCCUUGCGUUCACGCAAGCGUCUUUCCCUUUCACUCGCCAUCUCCCCCUCACUCUCUGCCCUCCCCAAACCUUGCUUGUUACUGUCUUUAACCUUGAUGCACUUCGGGGUUUCUCUGGGCUGUGUUAGCCUUCUUCAGCUCUAUCCUAGCCUCCCCGCUAUCAUUCUUUUGUUCCCUCUCGGUGUGUUUGUGUGCCUCACACUCUUCCUCUCGUGCUCUUACGUGAUCUUUUACUGUCUAAUACAAGUUGACACAAAACACAUCUAUAGACUGAAUGACAAUGGGGAGUGUGGAGUAUCUCCUGAGAUGAUUCAACCCACAAGUUGCCCCUUUGCCAAAGUGGAUGAUUGGGGUAGGGCGGCUGGAGCUGGAGUCGGAGCCGCCUUGUGUUUGUUAGGAUGUGGAGGUCUACAACUUUAUGGAUUUUUACACGCCCUGGGUAUGGGCGGGGUGGAAAGCUGUGGUUUCCGACCCUGGCCUUGGUGGGGCUAUCAGGUGGGAUGUCGGCUAUGUGAGGCUGGAGUGUGCCUUGGUUUGUCUCUCAUUGGCACGCAUCCUUUGUUUUGUCACACCAAGUCCUUCAAGAACCAUCCCAGACCAGGAUCUUGGUCCCGACUGUCCGGGGGCUCCCCCUCUCGAGGUACCACCCUGGCUUCACCAGGUAGUGCACAUUCUCCAGUGCUUUCCUUGUCACAAGACCAACCAGAAAAUAUGGUAGUGUAUGAUGUCACCACAAGGGGACAGUCAGAAGUUCUUCCUUUAACCUCCAUGGUGGAUCCUCCUAGAAAUGGAUUGGGUUGUGUCUCAAAGCCUAACCAAAACCAAGCUGCUUUUCCACACAAACAGACAAGUCCACUUCACAAGCCUAAAAAUACACUGGAAUUCCAGCUAUCUUCCCAGAUAAGUCUUGGUCUCGGAGCUGACUCUACCGGGGACUUACAGCCUCCAUCUCCUAUUGAUUUAUCUCGCAGCAUUGACCAGGCUUUGUUCAGUGACUCCCUAUUCACACACAGUAUUUUCGGGUUGCCAAGACACUUCUCUAGUUCCUCCAGCCAUUCACUUGAAUCUCCCAAGCAAGGUACUUCAAAACAAGACUCGGACUUAUUGGAAAGUUCUCUUUACAGAACCUCUUCCUGUGGAUAUUUGGUUCAAGAUAAGGCUCAACCUACCCAGCCUCAAGUUUUACUUAAGUCCCUCAACAUCAAACCACCAACAUCACAAGAGCAGUUCGACUGGAAAGGGAGUGUCUCUGGAUCAACUUUGGGUCUGUGCAGUAAACCCAAAGAGACAGUCAAGCCGCGAUCCAAUUCCUGGGCCAACAGAGGGCAGCACAUGGCGCAGAACAGCUUUCCACGCGCCAUCCCUCACUUGUCUUACCACAGACGUUACCGAACUUUGAGCGUGGCUUCCAAAGACAGCUUGGGAUGCGGACGCCUGGCAGGAACUAAAAGACUGAGUGAGAGCAAACAGCUAGAAUGGGAUAUGGCUGCCCAAGCAGAGUUUGUCAAUGUGUGCAGGGAAAUUGAUGCUUUUAGCGUUUGCAGCGAUACCAUUGACUUGUAGCUAUACUGUCGCAUCGUUAUUGUAAAUUGCACACAGAACAGAUUUAGAGAAAAAAUUAACUUGCAAAUAUGUGGAGAUUUUAAGCAAUAAGUAAUUGAUUUGUAAUGUACAUAUUUAAUGUUAAUAUAAUAAAUAUGAGAUUUAUAGCGUCACUGUAAUCAUACUUGCCAACCCUCCUGAUUUUCCCGGGAGACUCCCGAAUUUCAGUGCCCCUCCCGAAAAUCUCCCGAUUUCCCCGUGGACAACGAUGUUGGGGGCGUGCCUUUAAGGAACUGUGUUUAGUGUUAACUACAACCUGUCGUCACAUCCGUUUUCCCCCCAUUCUAACAGCGUGCCGGCCCAGUCGCAUAAUUUAUGCAGCUUUUAAACACACACAAGUGAAUGCAAGUCAUACUUGGUCACACUGAGGGUGGCCGUACAAAAAACUUUAACAAUGUUCCAAAUAUGCGCCACACUGUGAACCCACACCAAACAAGAAUGACAAACGCAUUUCGAGAGAACAUCUGCACCGUAACACAACAUAAACACAACAGAACAAAUACCCAGAACCCCUUGCAGCACUAAGUCUUCCGGGACGCUACAACAUACACACCACGUUACCACUAAACCACUCCCACUGCAACCCCGCAGUCCCCUAUCUCCCGAAUUCGGAGGUUUCAAGGUUGGCAAGUAUGACUGUAAUCAUACUACUGAUUAUUGUGGGGAAGUUCAACGGGUGUUGCCUGUGAAAGUUGCUUGUUUUCAAGGUCGCCAUUUUGUCAAAGUGCUAAAAAGCACCAGUGGAGAAAAGUUGAUCCUAUGUUUUUCUAUCUUUGGUUGAAGCACCAGAGCCAUAAUGGUGUGUUCAAGGUGUGUAUAGGAUUAUUCCAUGCUGAUAUUGAACCCCUCUUCCCCCAUUUCGUUAAAAGCAAUUGCCAAUUACCGUAUUUUUCCGACUACAAGCCGCACUAGAUAUCCUUUCAUUUUCUCAAAACUCGCCUGAUGUACGGAAAAAUGUUGGUUGUGCUUACCGACCUUGAAGCUAUUUUAUUCGGUACAUGGUGAAAUGAUAAGUGUGACCAGUAGAUGGCAGUCACACAUAAGAGAUACGAAUAGACUAAAGAUGUCCGAUAAUGGCUUUUUUGCCGAUAUUGUCCAACGCUUAAUUGCCGACUCCGAUAUCAACCGACACCGAUAUAUACAGUCGUGGAAAUUACACAUUAUCAUACCUAAUUUUGUUGUGAUGCCCCACUGGAUGCAACUUCAACACAGCUUCAGUCCAGAGUAUACUAGAGUAUUAAAGUAAACUAUAACAUAGUCCUCAUUUAGUGCAAGGCUGCCUGACCUACUGUAUAAUAGGAAAUUAUAAACUGGGUUCAAUCUGCCCUGUUGUAACGUAUUUGUGUGAGAAACACAAAUGUUCUGCAAGCUAGUGGUGAGCUAGCAGUCAGUCACCCAUCCCAUCCCCACCCAUUUUCUGCCGCUUAUUCCCGUUCGGGGUCGCGGGGGCGCUGGUGCCUAUCUCAGCUACAAUCGGGCGGAAGGCGGGGUACACCCUGGACAAGUCGCCACCUCAUCGCAGGGCCAACACAGAUAGACAGACAACAUUCACACUCACAUUCACACACUAGGGCCAAUUUUAGUGUUGCCAAUCAACCUAUCCCCAGGUGCAUGUCUUUGGAAGUGGGAGGAAGCCGGAGUACCCGGAGGGAACCCACGCAUUCACGGGGAGAACAUGCAAACUCCACACAGAAAGAUCCCGAGCCUGGAUUUGAACCCAGGACUGCAGGACCUUCGUAUUGUGAGGCAGACGCACUAACCCCUCUGCCACCGUGAAAGCAGUCAGUCAGGGCUUCUGAAAUGCUGCGUUGAGACAGGGCAGCUUCGUUCACUGCAAACUGCUUUCGGUGUUUGCUUUUCAUCCAUCUUCCGUUUGUAUUCAUUGUGUGUAUCCUUAUGAUUCUUGAAGAGGUGGGAGAUCAAAUUGCUCGUAUCAAAGGAAGACGUCUUGGUUCCAAAUCGUAUAACCAACUUUUUGCAGUCAUGGCAAAUUACCAGUUUUUUAAUCCGUGAGACACACUUUAAAAUAAUCCCAAACCAUAGACACAAGUCAAAAGUCAGUCACAGAGCUAGCUGGCUUGUUUGCCACGACUACAGCACCGGCAACGACACACUCUUGUUGGUGUUAUGCUCCGCUCGCGGCGGUUUGAUGAGGUCAUCAAGCUUCGCCGGCGAACCUCUCAUGCUGCAGUGGUCAAAUCCCGUGUGGUGUGUGGGAGGAACUGCUGACCUGGAAGACGCAACUGCUCGUCCGUGUUUUACCGGAAAAGUGGCGUUUUAAAAAAGUAAUUCAUUUUACUUUUUGAAACUGAUCAUUUCCGAUAUUACAUUUUAAAGCAUUUAUCGGCAGGCCGAUGUUAUCGGACAUCUCUAGUAUAGACUGCAAUAUGACGGCAGUCGCACAUAAGAGAUACAGUGUGGCAAAAAAGUAUUUAGUCAGCCACCGAUUGUGCAAGUUCUCCCACUUAAAAUGACGACUGAGGUCUGUAAUUUUCAUCAUGGGUACACUUCAACUGUGAGAGACAGUGUUUGGAGGAAGAAGAAUACUGAGUAGCAUCCCAAUAACACCACACCUACUGUGAAGCAUGGGGGUGGAAACAUCAUGCUUUGGGGUUGUUUUUCUGCUAAGGGGACAGGACGAUUGAUCCGUGUUAAGGAAAGAAUGAAUGGGGCCAUGUAUGGUGAGAUUUUGAGCCAAAACCUCCUUCCAUCAGUGAGAGCUUCGAAUGGUUGACCAAAUACUUACUUUCCACCAUAAUUCCCAAAUAAAUUCUUUAAAAUUCCUUUUUUUUUUCACAUUCUGUCUCU